UGAAGUGAAAAAAAGAUUCUGCUAUUUUGGCAGUUUAGCCCGAAUGUGCCUCCGAAAAUGUGAGUACUUUGAGGUUUAUGAAAACUCGGACACGGACUUUUCUUUGGGUGCAUCCGGCUGCACACCAUGGCGGACUGUCGGUCUCUGUCGGAUAUGGAAGUCCUGGCAAAAAGGGACUGUCGCGGUUUCCGCGGCUCUUGUUAUUGUAGCUAGCGUCAGCUACGCUAGCCGUCGCCGCUGAGCCAUCCUCGCUCUUGUCAUAACCGCUGUCGAUUCAUUGCUGCGGGACAGGAAGUCAAACCGCAAAACAACACAAACAAGGUGACUGUGGAGCGAGCGCCGCACACAAACAGCAGAGCCGAGAAAUGUAAACGUUACGCUUUUUACGUUACUGGCCUCGGCCAGCUUUACGGGAAUGGUUGUAGUGCACGGAAUGCUAACGCUUUUCCCCGCAAGUUUGAAGGUAAACACUCUCAGCUGCAUGCUUUAUUACACGAACCCUCUGAUUACAAUGUUACUACGCGCUCAGAUUAGAUUGCACACCUAACGCUGGCGUUAUUGAUGUGUAAAUAUAGUAUUGUGAUAGUGAUGGAGCAGCAUGUAGGAGUCGCAGAGAUGGUUAUUACUCUGUACAGCACGUCUGUCUGAGAGCUGUAAUAAAGAAAUCAUGUCUUGCAAAGCCGCAACCAAGGACAAGAAGUCGAGCUUCAGCAAGAAGCUGUUCAGGCGAGGCUCAGUGCGAUCUGUGGGCAGUUUUAUGAGCAGAUUCCUGAGGACACUGACAGCCUUAUCACACUUUGGAUCUGAGGUGCCAACAGAGGAGGACAAGGAUGAUGGAGGGUUUUCCACUUUCAAAUCUGGGAGUAAAGAUGUGCCCAUGGACGAUGGGGACUUGGGGGCUCUCCUUUGUGGGGACAGAGUGCCUGGAGUGUCAGGUCUCAAAAACCAUGGGAAUACCUGCUUCAUGAAUGCAAUCCUGCAGUGUCUCAGCAACACUGAACUCUUCGCUGAGUACUUGGUCCUGGAGCACUACAAAGACGAGGAGGGGGACGAAGACAAGCCGAAGACAAAUGGUGUGCAUCUGCAGAGGAAAGGUCCUCUGGCCAAAGGAGAGGUCACGGAGCAACUGUCAGGACUUGUCCGGGCUUUAUGGACGUUUGAGUAUACACCACAGCAUAGCAGAGAAUUCAAGAAUGCAGUGUCAAAAAACGCCACCCAGUUCAAAGGGAACGCUCAGCACGAUGCUCAGGAGUUUCUGUUGUGGCUGCUGGACAGAGUACACGAGGAUCUCAACACAGUGAACCCUAACAGCAGGCCUCCUGUAAAGCCCCCUGUUGAAGAAGAUGAUCAAAGCAUAGAGGGGCCUUCUCCUCCUCUCUCUGCUGGGUCGUUCGUACAGGAACUGUUUCAGGCUCAGUACAGAUCCUCUCUCACCUGCCCACAUUGCCAAAAGCAGAGCAAUACAUUCGAUCCCUUCCUUUGCAUCUCUUUACCCAUCCCACUACCACACACACGGCCCCUGUAUGUGACUGUGGUGUACCAGGGGAAAUACUCUCACUGUAUGAGGAUUGGAGUAGCUGUUCCCCUCAACAGCACCGUCUAUCGCCUCCGAGAUGCUGUGUCACGCGAAACCAAGAUCCCACUGGACCAGUUCGUCUUGACUGAAAUGUACUAUGAUGGCUUCCAUCGUUCGUUUUGUGACGACGACGACGAUCUGGAUAUCAUUCAAGAGAGCGAUUCCAUCUUUGCCUUCGAGACGCCAGAGACCUUCAAACUGGAAAACAUACGCACAAAACGAGGAAGCCUCCUCGCAAACCUGAAUCAUAACAACUUGAAGUAUGGGACUGAAAUCAGCAGGACGCCUUCUUUCAUGCAGGGGGCCACGACUCCUGUAACUGCAUCACCUAAUAAAAACCUGGGACCAGAAAAAAUUAUCCUAUUGGUGUGUAACAGAGCUUGUACCGGCCACCAAGGAAAGAGGUUCGGCCUGCCUUUUGUACUGUACAUGGAGCGCACUGUGACAUGGGAUGGACUCCAAAAAGAGAUCCUGGAGAAAAUGCGUCAUCUUUUGAGGCCUGGCGUCUACAUCCAGGUGGGACCAUUCAGUCUCCGGGUGGUUGGCGUUGUUGGUAUAACCUACCUCCUCCCCCAAGAUGAGCGACCGCUGUGCCACCCAACCGUGGAAAGAGCGUACAAGUCCUGUGGACAAGGUGGACCACCACAUGUGAAGAUUGUGGUUGAGUGGGACAAAGAGACCAAGGACUAUCUGUUUGGACACACUGAGGAGGAGUACAUUCCCGAUGCCGAGAGUGUGUAUCUGCACAGAGAACAUCACCGCCAGCCGCAGGCCUGCACCCUCGCUCAGUGCUUCCAGCUCUACACGAAGGAGGAGCAGCUGGCCCCAGACGACGCCUGGCGCUGUCCCCACUGCAAGCAGCUGCAGCAGGGCCGCAUUAAGCUCAGCCUGUGGACGCUGCCGGAUGUACUCAUACUGCAUCUCAAGCGGUUCAGACAGGAGGGCGACCGGAGGGUGAAGAUGCAGAACAUGGUGCGGUUCCCAUUGAUGGGCAUGGACAUGGCGCCUCAUGUGGUAAAGAGGAGUCAGAGCAGCUGGAGUUUGCCUUCCCAUUGGUCGCCAUGGAGAAGACCAUACGGACUGGGAAGAAACCCCGACGACUAUCUAUAUGACCUGUACGCUGUGUGCAACCACCAUGGCAACAUGCAUGGAGGCCAUUACACCGCUUAUUGUAAGAACUCCAUUGAUGGCCAGUGGUACUGCUUUGAUGACAGUGAAGUUUCACCAGUAGCUGAUGAUGAUGUGUGUCAGCAGACGGCCUAUAUACUCUUCUACCAGCGGAGGACCGCUAUUCCCUCCUGGUCAGCCAACAGCUCUGUUGCUGGUUCCACCAGUUCCUCCCUGUGCGAUCACUGGGUCAACAGGUUGCCUGGCAGCAGACCUGCUAGUUUGGCCUCUGGAGCCUCGUCCAGACGCACCUCUCUGGCUUCGCUGGCUGAGUCCGUAGAGUUUCCCGGUGAACGCAAUGAGGAUGAUGGAGGAUUCUCUGUUCGUCCUUUUGUGAGGAGCAUUCAGCGUCAGAGCUUGUCCUCCCGCUCAUCCAUCGCGAGUCCCUUAGCCCUCAGCGACAGUGGGAUAAAGCCUUCUUGGUCUCUCUCUGCGAAGCUGCAAAUGAGGUCAAACUCCCCCUCACGGUUCUCCCUGGACUCUCGAUGUUCACCUCCACUGGAGAGGAUAGGAGAGGCCUGCGAUGACAAGGUUUCCACAUCCUGUUUCGGCAGCUACAGCAGACACGAGCGCUACUUUGGCAGCAGGACUCCAUUGUCUAUGAUGGAGAGCAACGUCAGUGACCAGGACAAUAAUAAAAGGUUCCUAGACAUGAUUUACUGCAGGGCUCCCACUCCAGUGGAAAAGAAGAGCAGCAAAAAUGAGCCAAGUGAAAACAACAACCAGAUCACAGCUAUAGACCAAAACGUACUACCCGCCCAAGCAACUUCCUCCAAAGAACAGAAACGCAAGAGCAGUAUUGGAGGAUUUGCCUCAAAGGCAGAAAGCACAGGUUCUGCGAAGAGCUCCAGCAAAGUGGAGCAAGAAAAAACAUCCAAAAAACGUUUGUGCUCCGCCCAUAAGCCCGCCGCCUCUGAGACGUCUUCCAGUACACCUGUGAAAGGCAAGAAGUUAACCACGACUAAAGAGAAUGGUGCAAAUGUAAAGAAAAGCACCUCAACACCCAGCGGGACUCCCUCCAAAACAAGGGAAGCAACUAAGCUUCAAGAAUCAACACCGCAGCACAAGCCAUGUGUCCGUUCCACACCUCAAUCGUCUGCGUCACCCUCACCUACUGCAAAGAAGAAUUCCAGCGUUGCAGAUAAAAGCACUACGAGUAGUCGUAAACGACUGGUGGAAAGGAGCUUCAGCAAAGAUUCUAUGCACACCAGUCCUAUGGCCAACAAUCUCCGAGGCAGCUCAGUAGCUCGUCCUGCACUCUCCAAAAGCGGUGAAGGCAACCGUCUUGAAAGGAGAUUUAUAAGGAGUUCAAGCAGCAGCUCCUCUGUCACAAGCCUGCGCUCGCCGAGCGUGUCCAACAGAGACCUGCAGCGCGGCAGCAAGUCCGAGGAAAAAGGGCUGUCUUUCUUCAAGAGCGCCCUUCGACAAAGGGAAAGCCGCCGGUCGGCUGACUUGGGAAAGAGCACCCUGCUCGCUAAAAAGGCCUCAGAGAGGACGUGCAAGCAGAACGGACAAGCCAAGGACAACGGUACCGAUAACGCAAAGACGGGAGACGCUGUGUCUCCACAGGCGUCUACAGAUACCCGCGGAGGUGAGACAAAGUCAGAGACGAAAGAGUCUUCCAAACCCCCCAGCUCUCUCAGUCGCACUCUGUUAAAUGUAGGCAAGUCCAAGUCUUCCACUUCUGACCUAAGUCUCAAGUCUCCCACUAACGGGAAGAAGCCCCUAGAAAAGAAGGCGUCUUCCCGGAAGCUGUCAAGCAUGCAAUCUCCUGCACGUACAACACAGAGGCCUCAAUGAUACAUAUAUAUAUACACACACACACAUACAAAUCCAUUGUAGGAAUACUGAACAUACAUUUUGCAGCUAUUUUCUUCGUGCCUACAUUUCAGAGAGCAUUCGACGUAUUUGUUCUGAGACACAUGCGAUGUUAUGGUUCUGUACGAUGGAUCUAACACUAGAUGUGUAGGAGGGUUAAGAUAUAUUUUUUUAAACUAUUGGGUUUUAUCAGAAUGUGAAUGAGUUAUUCUUGGCGAUUUCUGCUAUGGCGAGUACAUCAGCAUGGCAUGAUAUGCAUUCAGCAGCUCAGCACAACCAGUUUGAUGGUAUUUAUACGCGGCCUGUAUGACAGCUGACAGAACUCCCCCCCCGUUGUAAUCUUGCAAUCCAAUUACAUUUCCUUCAGACUAGAGGCUUGUUUACAUGUUUAAAAAAAUAUUCAGCCGGAGAAGGCUGAUUUAAAAUGCAGCAUCCUAUUGAUCAAAAGUAGUGGGAAUGAGAGACAUGUUAACCUUCUUCGCAUCAACACUGCAUUAUUAGUCUUGAGGUACUUUGUAUAUGUUUUAUAGAUUUUAUAGACCUUUUCCCCCCCAACAUAGAUGUUGAUGCUUAAACCUCGUUUCUGUCGUCAGUUGGUCAAAGAAACCAGGAAAAUACUCACAUUUAAGGAGGUUGAAGUCAUGGAACCUUUUAAAAUGAAGUGAUUCAUUUAGUCGUGGAUCAGUCAUCGAUUAUUUGUUGCAGCCUUAACAGAAACACAACAUUGAUGAUGGUCUCUUGACAAAUACUGCAGCAGAGUCGAUAUAUGCUCUCCCUCUCUUCUCUCUCACACACACGUAGACACACACACACAUACAAAAAAAAGAGUUUCAUUCCGAAAUAGUUGUGGCUAAAUGAUUAUGUACUUUUCAUUGAUUGUUUUCAGCUGAUCAAAGUUUCUUUCUCCUCACACCUUGUGACGUUAGUACGAUUGUUGUUUGUACUCGAGUACAUUCAUGUCUGUGUCUGGAAAAGUAUCGAGGAUCAGGAUAUGGAUGAUUAUUAUUAUUAUUAUUAUUAUAACCAUUAAAUGAAUAGUUACGAUGUAAUAUAGAAGGUCCUGGGAACCGCAAAAAGGGGUAAAAAAAAAAAGUCAAUCACAAUGAUCGGUACAUAAAUUGCGACAGAUUUUUAUCUUUGUUUAAUACUAGUACCUUUUCAACAGAAAUGUAUUUUUUAUUAAUUUCUUACAGAACUUUCCUAAUUUCCCCUCAAAAGAGAUUAAGUUUUUUUGGAAUGAAACCCUUUAAGUUAAGCAAAAAUGCAUCCACAUAUAGAGUAUAGAUGCAUCGGUACAGAUAUGUACAUGGAGAAGAUUAUAGCCCAUUUAUUUUCUUUUUUCUUCCCACGAGCAACAUGAAAAUGAUCUUAAGCGCCUUUCAAAUACUGUACAUGGAAACAAAUAAUUGCCUUUGGCAACAUAGUAGUCUACUACUGUAUGCAUCACUGAGUAGGAAUGUUGUGUUGUUUGCACUUUGUAUAGAUAAAGUAGUUUUCUCUUACCCUCAACAAUUAUAUAUAUAUAUUACACACACGCACACACACACACUAUCUUAAUGUAAGUAUCCCAUUUUUAAACAGACCGUGUACAAAAAAAGUGGACGUAGUUUUCUGGUUGUGAAUGAACAAUCUAUUGAAUAGCCCCCAGGGGGCGAUACCGCUCCGUUUGGAAGUCUGAGAAGACGAGACUGUUUCCUCACUUCAUUUAGUUCAGACCCUCUCCUGACAAGGUCAUUGUCCUAAUUACAAGUGUUAGCGCUUAAUCAUCCCCAGCACAUGACGUCAUCUUGUAAAUAUUUUCUUCCCCCAUUUAGAGGAAACGCGUAACGAGUGGACACCGGUGUGAUUGACGGCUCGUGCCGGUCCAAUUUGCAAAAUCGAAAGGCUUCAACCAGAACACGACGAUCACUUUUGUGUUAAAUAAAUGGUCCAUGUUUUCAAAACAUAUCUUAAAAGGUAGAGUCAGCAGGCCUUAGGCAUGGAAUGGUGAGAGGUAACAUUCAUUUCAAUGUUUCAGGAGACUUUUUUUAAAAAAGGGGGGGUGGAAAAAUAAUAAUCACCUCUUCAUUCUUCCUGGUGCUGUAACAGACCACUGCUCCUCCGGCACUGACGUUUCUUACCAUGUUUUCUAAAAAAAAAAAUGUUCAGAACUGUGACCACAUAGACUUCAGUGAACCUACGAAACCAACCAAGCGUUUCACACAAUAACCUGUGGUACCUCAUCGGAGAGGACAACGCGUUUUUGCAGUUAUCGUUUCUUCAUCAGGCUGAAACUGAAUGUUGAUAAUGAGCCAUUUUCAUUUGUUAUAUUAUGAUCAAUGAGCCGUUUGAAAUGCUGGCCCACUAGGCGGCGCUGUAAAGACACGGGCUCUAUUCCUUUAUGCAGUAUCAGAGUUUCAUGUCAUCUCAGCUGCCGCGAUGUCAGCCUCCGUUUGAACAGCUCAACCGUUGUAGAAUUAAUUGCAAUAUUCUCACGUUAGAUACCAGCAUCGCGUAUGUUGUCGGUGAGCUCAUUAGUAAGCGGGUUUUCAAUUUAAGAAUUGAUCCUAUUCUUAAAUUGAAUUACAUAUCGGGAGUCUUUCUGUUUCUCUGUAGCGUAUUGCAGGUUUACAUUAGUCCUCAGAGGAAAUGCCACUCAGUUUAAAGCUUUAAGUUUGUUAUUUUUAUGGCAUGAGCGGAUACUAGCGUCAUGUAUGAACGUAAUAAUACGUCAGCAAUAGAUGGAGAGCAUGUUGAAAACACAUUCAUUCAAAACAAGACUUUUCUCUUACCACAUUCGAGCUCUAGUUUGUCCUUAAAUGUCAUUUUUUUCAUAUGACAUGGUACGCAGAGACAAUCAGCAUCUUCAGAAGAAAUGUACAUAGUGUGUAGAGGUAGAGCAAUUAAUCAGGCCUAUAUUUGCCCUUAAUUACACAUUUUUAUUCUUAGAAAACAUUUGAGUUAAUAGUCCUGUAUAUACGUAGACGUGCAGAUCAGCUGCCCUGAUUGGCUUCAGUCUUAGAAAAACCCAUAUCAGUAGACCUGGAUUAAGUUGCAUAACAUUAGAUAUUAUUGAAUCGCAUAAUGAAUCAAAAUCUCUUCUUUGCAAUGACAAUUUCCCUAAAGUCACUUUAGUUCACGUGGACUAACUCCGAGUCUAACUCAGUAGCUUCUUACUGAAUUUUUUGCAGCCAUCUGUAAAAGAACACUGAUUCUGCAUUCCUUCACUCUGACUUAUUUUUGUUGGAAACUUGUAAAAUAUAUCUGUAAAACCAGAGCCACAAACCUGACAUUUAGUGUGUGGUAAGAAAAAAAGAAAAAGAAUAAGAAAUUGAAGAUUGUCUCAGUCCGUUUGCUCGUUGAGCGCUGAACAAGAUUGACGCCAGAACCCUCUGCGUAUCCUCGGGACAUUUUUAUCGCCGCGUUCCUCUCUGACUCGACACCGUGUGCUGUCCUCGGGGUGAUAAUAAUGCAAGAAGCUAUCUGCUCUACACCACAGUUUUCCCCCCAAAAAACUUUGUGCGACCCCGAUAAGAAAAAAAAAAAUAAAUAAAUAGAAUGUUGAAUAGAAAUAACAUCCUUAUUGUUAAAUUGUGGUGGCUUUUUCCUGUUAGCUGCUCUUUUUCUACGUUAUCUAUCAGGAACCUGUGCGUGGCACUUUGGAUCGAAGCAGGACCACUUUGACUUUCACUCUAUAAUUGUGCUGUAGUAGUCGUAGCAGGAUUAUCCUGACACGCCAUUUAUUGGAUUAUUAAUCCAUUCAUGUAGCCACAGCCCAGCACAUUAGGAUGCAAUAUCCUUUCAAUUGAGCUGUUUUUAUUUUCCUUCUUUUGAAAUGAGAUUGUAGCCAGCCAAACCUUGAUGGUUUUUCUUUUCCUCAAAGCUGCAGCCUGUUGCCUUGUUUUCCUCAAUCAUUUUCCAGAAUAACUCUCAUCACCGCCAUGACAUCGACUACAUUAUUGUUUUGGUUCUAACAGUUUUUAUUCUAACAUUUUAAAAUCAGACAUGCUGGUUUAGGAAAGCGUGGAGCCGCCAUCGAAAGCCAGUGCGUCAUGUAAACGUCGUCGUCGCUGUGUUGUGGCGUAGGGCUGGACAAUAUAAUCCAGAUUAUCACGAUGAGAACUUUAACAUGAGACCGUUGAUAAAUAUUGCGAAUGUGUCAUAAUGAACAGUGAAUGUAGUUUUACACUUCAUAAUUGGCAUAAAGUACUUUGUCGGAACUGGGUGUGGCAUCACUCACAGAGUUCACCACGUUCCAGUCAUCCCAGUCCAUAACGAGUCUCAAACUUGGGGCCACUUGCGGCCCGCCACCUAAUAUCCGAGUCAUUUAUGUAUGUUUUUUUUUUAUAAAUACUCUAUUGCGGACUAUACGUCAUCACAAAUAGCGCUACUGCGCUAUCACGAUGGAAUCAUUUUAAGCUCUUAUCACCCGCCCACUAGACGCUCAGUGGCCCACUGGGUCGUUUGAGUUUGAGGCCCCUGAUCUACGCGGUGUUCUGCACACACGAGAGAGCGUGAGGUUAAAAAUGAAAGAGCCCUUUGUGUGCGACAGAAGUGCUAUUAGACGGUAAAAGUAGCAGCAAUUUUUUUUUAAUCCCAUGUGGCUUUCGAGCAACCUCACCAACCCAUUGGUUUCAUUGUUCUAAUGUGAUAUUUAUACACAUUAAAACCGCGUUAAAGUAACACUAACAUCUGACUGUCACAUCGACCCUUUUGAGGCGUAACGCGUGGCGUUCUCACACGUUAAAUGUCACAGUCACUCUCCAUAAUUCACGCAAGGCAUCGUGUGUGUGUGAUAGGAUUUAGGUGGAAACUUUAAUUUUUUUCCUGCCAUUUUCUUUUCCGUUUUUCCAAAAAUGGCAGAAACAACAAAGCAGUUGAUGACCAAGAAAAGGCAAUAAAAGAACGGGAAAACAAUCGUCCAGCCCUAUUACAGCGACCUGCAGUUAUUUCGCGGCAAAACGGGAAUUUUCUUCACGAUCAGUGUCGUCUAAUCUUAACGAAAACCUACGUGAAGACUUUGUUUUUCUGCGUCUACCAGUGUUCUGGUGGUGAAGCAAUAAUCCAAGAAUCAUAUCUGAUUGUUUGAUGAAGGAAAGUUUAAAAAGGGUUAAAAACAUCUCUCAAAAGUCCAUUGAUGUGUUGCUUUUCAUUUCUGUCUGAAUAUUCCAGACACAAAUGAGUGAAAACACACGGGGGAAAAAAACAAAAAAAAUGUCUCUGGUUUCUCGCUUCCUUUUACGUCAUAAAUGUACAAAGUCGAUGACGAAUGGCUAUAAAAGGAAUGCAGUAUUGCAUGAAAACGCUAAUGCAUGUAUUUUUUUCCAUCAACUAUGCAAGAGUCUGCAGCUGUGUACAGUUUCCUGCAGGGGGCAGCGCAUGGCUGGUAUAAUCCAUCGCUUCAUUUGCACACCAUUCCAAUAUUUAGGGAUUUGUAAAUUACAGAGUAUUUCACGUUUGUCGGGUAAAGGGAUUAAACCUUAAAAUCUCACCUGUAAUAACAUAUGUAAUGUCAUAAUUGCGCUUUUAGUAUUUUUUUUUUUCCUUCGUUAUAUAAUAUAUAUACACAUUUCAUUUCUGCUGCUCUGGGUGCUCCUACCAAACUCGGUGGGUUAUUUCUCUCUUUAUUUUUCCAACAAAAAGAUGUUUAAUAUUUACUGUUGUACACCAGCAGAAACAAUACUAUGGAUGAGAUGAUCUGUGUGGUUAUAGCUUGAUGUAUGUAUUGUGAAGCCAUUCAAAAUGUUCUCGGUUGCAUUAAAUAUAAGAAAAAAAGGCAACUCAAACAAAUCUGUAGCUCAAUGCAAUAAAAGACAGCAAAGUUUUUAUGUCACGUUAUACUACACUCUCACCGUAAUGUGAUUUGUAUCACUUUUGAACGGACGUUUAUCAAACAAACAGUGACUUAAAAGCAGCAACACUGAGGCUAAAUGGGAAAUAAAACAACUCGAGUUGUUAAAAAAAAAAUGCUUUUCCGCCUGAAUCACUUUGGAUUUAGAGAAUCCCUCGCUGAGCUGUUGUCACAGUCCCCCACCUUUUCAAGGCGAAAGUGUAAUACAACAAGUAUUUUGCCACUGAAUCAAAUUUCCAACGACAUCAACCGCAAGUGAAACUUCCAAUUCCUCACACACUUUGUGGUACGACAGCGACGCACUAGCGCUAAAAGAAACACUUCAAUUAUGCCUUUUCUUCUUCAAACAUCAGAGACUUUUCAGAAGCCUUAAGCAAAAUAAAUGGUAAUGGCUACCUUGUAUCUGGGUGAUACACAAACUAAAGAGCUGUGGAAUGAAUGAGUGAAUGAAUGAAUGUCACAGGUUUGAACUCAAU